AGCAGGAAGCUCGCGCCGCCGCCGUCCCGCUGCGCUCGGUUUCCCCCGACGCGUUCAGGACCUGCUGCGCCAGGCGCGCCGUCCCCCGGGCCCCGCGUGCGUCCCCACGAGGAGAGUGACCCCACCGCCCGACCUUCUCCUCCUGCCGCCGGCCAGGGGCCCCGGGGGCCAAGCGUGCCCGGCCGCAACUCUCGCAGCCCUUUCGCCGCCUUGCAAGCCAUGGACGCCACGGAGCCGCAGCCGGACCCCGAUGGCGGGGACGCCCCUGGCCACGAGCCAGGGGGCAGCCCCCAGGACGAGUUCGACUUCUCCAUCCUCUUCGACUAUGACUAUCUGAAUCCUAUCGAAGAAGAAUCGAGUGCGCAUAAGGCCGGCAGCCCACCCUCCGGACUCGAAUACCCCGGCGAUGUCCUGGACUGUGGCCUCAAGCCAUACAGCCCCCUUACCAGUAGUCUCUCUGGCGAGCCCCCCGGCCGGUUCGCAGAGCCGGAUAGAGUAGGGCCCCAGAACUUUCUGAGCCCGGCCCAGCCAGUGAGGGCCUCGGGCCUGAGCCCUCGGAUUGAAAUCACUCCUUCCCAUGAACUGAUGCAGGCAGGGGGUUCCCUCCGCAUGAGAGAUGCUGGCCUGCCGCCAGAGCCGCCGCUGGUCGGGGCGGCCGCCGGCCCGAGGUUCACCUUGCCCGUGCCCGGCUUCGAGGGCUACCGCGAGCCGCUUUGCUUGAGCCCCGCUAGCAGCGGCUCCUCUGCCAGCUUCAUUUCCGACACCUUCUCCCCCUACACCUCGCCCUGCGUCUCGCCCAAUAACGGCGGGGCCGACGACCUGUGUCCUCAGUUUCAAAACAUCCCUGCUCAUUAUUCCCCCAGAACGUCGCCAAUAAUGUCACCUCGAGCCAGCCUCGCCGAGGACACCUGCCUGGGCCGCCACUCACCCGUGCCCCGUCCGGCCUCCCGCUCCUCGUCGCCUGGUGCCAAGAGGAGGCAUUCGUGCGCCGAGGCCGUGGGUGCCCCGCUGCCCGGAGCUUCCCCCCAGCGCUCCCGGAGCCCCUCGCCACAGCCCUCGUCUCACCUGGCGCCUCCCCGUGACGACGGCGCCCCAGCUGGCCACCCCCCAACGGCCGGCUCUGCCGUCCUCAUGGACGCCCUGAGCAGCCUCACCGCGGACUCGCCUUGUGGGGUUCCCCCGAAGAUGUGGAAGACCAGCCCUGACCCGUCACCUGUGUCCGCCGUCCCAGCCAAGGCCAGUCUGGCCCGCCACAUCUACCCGGCCAUGGAGUUCCUGGGGCCCUGCGAGCAGGAGGAGAGGAGGAACUCGGCCCCUGAGUCCAUCCUGUUGGUGCCGCCAACCUGGCCCAAGCAGCUGGUGCCGGCUAUUCCCAUCUGCAGCAUCCCGGUGACUGCGUCCCUCCCUCCACUGGAGUGGCCACUCUCCAGCCAGUCGGGCUCCUAUGAGCUACGGAUCGAGGUGCAGCCCAAGCCGCAUCACCGGGCACACUAUGAGACGGAGGGCAGCCGAGGGGCCGUCAAAGCUCCAACCGGAGGCCACCCUGUGGUUCAGCUCCACGGCUACAUGGAAAACAAGCCCCUGGGGCUGCAGAUCUUCAUCGGGACAGCCGAUGAGCGCAUCCUGAAGCCGCACGCCUUCUACCAGGUGCACCGGAUCACAGGCAAGACCGUCACGACCACCAGCUACGAGAAGAUCGUGGGCAACACCAAAGUCCUGGAAAUCCCCUUGGAGCCAAAGAACAACAUGAGGGCAACCAUCGACUGUGCGGGGAUCCUGAAGCUCCGGAAUGCAGACAUCGAGCUACGCAAAGGCGAGACGGACAUCGGCAGGAAGAACACGCGGGUGAGGCUGGUGUUCCGAGUGCACAUCCCCGAGGCGAGCGGCAGGAUCGUGUCCUUGCAGACUGCGUCCAACCCCAUUGAGUGCUCCCAGCGAUCUGCCCACGAAUUGCCCAUGGUGGAGAGACAGGACAUUGACAGCUGCCUGGUAUACGGCGGCCAGCAGAUGAUCCUCACCGGACAGAACUUCACUGCCGAGUCUAAAGUUGUGUUCACCGAGAAGACCACAGAUGGACAGCAAGUGUGGGAGAUGGAGGCGACCGUGGAUAAGGACAAGAGCCAGCCUAACAUGCUUUUUGUCGAGAUCCCCGAGUAUCGGAACAAGCACAUCCGCACCUCUGUGAAGGUGAACUUCUACGUCAUCAACGGCAAGAGGAAACGGAGUCAGCCUCAGCACUUUACCUACCACCCAGUCCCAGCCAUCAAGACAGAGCCCACGGAUGAGUACGACCCCUCUCUGCUCUGCAGCCCUGCCCAUGGAGGCCUAGGGAGCCAGCCAUACUACCCGCAGCACCCCAUGGUGGCUGAGUCCCCCUCAUGCCUGGUGACCACCAUGGCACCCUGCCAGCAGUUCCGCUCGGGGCUCUCAUCUCCUGAUGCCCGCUACCAACAGCAGAACCCAGCAGCCGUCCUCUACCAGCGGAGCAAGAGUCUGAGCCCCAGCCUGCUGGGCUACCAGCAGCCGGCUCUCAUGGCCACGCCCCUGUCCCUCGCGGACACCCAUCGCUCUGUGCUGGUGCACGCUGGCUCGCAGGGCCAGGGCUCGACCCUGCUGCACCCGUCUCCCACCAACCAGCAGGCCUCGCCCGUGAUCCACUACUCGCCCACCAACCAGCAGCUACGCUGCGGGAGCCACCAAGAGUUCCAGCACAUCAUGUACUGCGAGAAUUUUGCACCCGGCCCCACCAGGCCUGGCCCACCCCCUGUCAGUCAAGGUCAGAGGCUGAGCCCGGGUUCCUACCCCACAGUCAUCCAGCAGCAGAAUGCCACAGGUCCAAGAGCUGCCAAAAAUGGACCUCCAGUCAGUGACCCAAAGGAAGUCUUACCUGCAGGAGUGACAAUUAAACAGGAGCAGAACCUGGACCAGACCUACCUGGAUGACGUUAAUGAGAUCAUCAGGAAGGAGUUUUCAGGACCUCCUGCCAGAAAUCAGACGUAGAAGCCGCCAUUACUCAGACGCCUUCCAUAGCAGACCCCUCGGAGUCCCCCACUGUCCAGCUCUUCGGCCCAGAGGCUGCAUGCAGAACAAGGCGUUUGAGUGCCCAUAGAGGAGCCGGCCCCCCGCCCAUGCAGACCCAAGCGGCCCUGUACUUCUCUGCAUCUUCCUUUUAGAUCCGUGGGAACUUUUCCAGUGGAACCUGCCAGCAUCUCAGCCAGCUGUUAAGUGCCUGCCCACUAAAGUGACAUCUGGGCCCAGACAGGACACCAGAACUCAGAAUUGACCUGUGGUCUGAGCGACUGGAGCCUGGGAUUGACUGAGGAGACCCCAGCCCUCGGCAUUCAUGUUUCCUGUCACACAUACAACCAUGGCCCCCUGCCCCACCCCAGGAAUCCCAAAACUGACACGCCGACGGGGCCCAUCCUUGCCAUCGCAAAAGCUUUGGUCCUGAAUUUUUUUCCUUCCUGAACAAAAUUUCCUUCCCCACCAAGACCACCUCUCCCAGUGUCUUGGUGUUAAGUUAUAACGUGUCCACAUUUGUUAGCAUCUGGGUUUCUCUGCGUCAGGGAGCUGGUGCCGACCGCCGAGAUCCUGCCCCCCACCCCGGGGCAGUGCACCUGCAGACCCAGGAGACUCCUGCUGCGGCUGUCCCGCUCCCCAAGGUCCCCACUUGCCUUUGUCCUAACGGCUGGAGUACUUUCCCAUCCAUCAUGUGCAUGAAAUUUUGAAGAGGAAAUGGUAGAACGGCUAAUGCAAUCCACGCCCCCCCCCAAAAAAAUUCAAGUGUUUUUGUUAAGGAAAAAGGACCCUGUGCUUCUGCAAGUGGAUUUUUAUCCAGCGAAAGAGGAGAGGAGCCCGCUUUCCUCUCCACCUUCAACUUAAAACAGGAAAUCUCAUGAGGUAGCCAUUGGUUGCUUUUUACCUGACUCCACCUACAGAGGGCCCCAGAGUGCCAGCCCCUGCAGCCCUGCCUCCAUCGGCAGGCACAUCCUUUUCCUCACUGAAUUGGGGCCACCACAGGUCCAGCUCUGCACCCAUCCAAUGUGGGUCAAGUGAAGGGCCUCCCAAGAAAUCCAUGCAGUUAUUUUUUUCAUAGCACACUUUUGUUUUUUUGAAGACCCCUUGUCUGUGACUUCUCACGGAGCUCACUACUAAUCUAAUCUUUCUCCAUUGGUGCAGUUUUUGCCAACAAAACCCUUAGAGUCCUUGGGUGAGUUUUUCUGGGACUGUUGUUUCUCUAGGCAUUCAUGACACCCACUCCCUGCUCCUCGCCCCCUCCCCAGGAUAAACUGGGAAUUCCUCUUCAGUUCGCAGCCAAAGAUUAACCCAGGGGAGCUUUCUUAGCCCUGCCUGCUGCAUACAGACUCAAGAUCAAAGUCACAGCCACCAAGUGCCCAGGGUGGGUCUUCCACGCCCUGGCUUCCUUGUCAAGGUUCCUCAGAGAUCAGCCUUCCUGGGAGCUGGGUCUGUGGGCUUGCUUGCACCUCACCUUGGGUCUGAUCAGUUUCUAUCCGCCAUUCCCUGGGCCCUCAGGGGUGCCCCCAUGCCCUCUUCUCAGCAUCUGCAAUGGCAGUACCUUCUCAUCAGCCGAGGACGCCCCUGUGGCAGUAGCUGUGGCCCAUGGCGUCCCUAGCUUCACCGGAUGGGAGGAGAGCUGGGGACAGUGAGCCCUUCUCCCUCGGCCUGGCUCAGGGCCGCAGCCUGCACGCCAGGGGAUCCGGUCUUCCCUCACUCAUCUGAAUGUUUCGCCCAAGUGCCUUCCUGCUCUUGUAGCCAAGUGGCUCUGCUCCAUUGUCCUCAGGGCGAGAGCCCUAAUGCAUCUUCCAUCGUUAGUCUCCUGCCUGGGAUUAGCACAAAUGGCCUGCUGGUAGCUCCAGCCCCUGCACACAGAUGUGCGUGUCUGGGUGUGUGCACAACACACACAGACAAACCCUCUCUGCUACCACAUCUCAGCUGGAUAUUGCAGGAAGCACUUUGAUCCACAACUACACCUAGCAGCCGAGAAGAGAGAAAGCAAGUCUCCAGACACACGCAGGUCAUGGAACGUGGAGGAGGAGCCGACAGCUGUCGGGAGAGCUGGAUGCGUCAGAGGUGCCAGGAGCAAUUGCUUGUGAAAUACUUUCAGUACGGGAAGAGGCAAUAAGACCCUCUAAAGCACAAGACUGUGUGGGGAAAUGAGAGUCGGAGCAAUGACAGGACGUACCACACGUCCAUUAGAAGGGUCUCAGUUAAGUCGUAGUUUGCACUUGCCAUGUCCAAGUUUGUGUAAAUAGGCAGCCCUCAGACGGGGGACACAUUGCUGAGUGUAUUGCCGAAGGUCGCGAGUCUUCCUGCAUUGUACAAAAGCUACUGCGGCUUGAUAAUACAUAGCAGUCUGAAUUCGUUAGUAUGUCAUUAAAUUUUAUUUUCUUAUCUGUAUUUUUAUGCUUUCUAGCUAUCCUCAGAAUAUUACACCCUUCUUGGAAUUAGAAAAUAUUUAUAAAUGCUCAGAAGUCUUUGGAAUUGUCUCUUUUUACACAUGUGGGUUUUGUGUUUUGUUUUCUUUUUCUUAAGAGAAAUGAUGUAUUUGAGAAGGAUUUGCUGACAUUCCAAGACACCAAAGCCCUCCAAUGGGGACACUUUUCCUCUCAGAAGGUUCCCAGAGGGCUGGGAAGGGCGGGAGGAGUGGUCGUGAGCAGACAGAUACCUGUCCCUUGCCUAAGAACAAUGUGGACUUUCUUCAGCACUGGGCCUGGGUCUCCUCACUGAGAGAAUGACUGUGAGACCACCACCCCCUUUCAUCCCCACCAAAGACAGACUCAGAGUGGGGUUUCAAUGAAAACAACACCAACCAGCAACAAAGCCCUGCCUGCAGACGGGAGACUCCAAGGGGGUCCCCUUACCAGCGCAGGCCAAGGCAUCCAUAUGGAACUGACAAACCUAGCACUGCUGGCCACCUGCAGCCAUGGUCUAAAGAGAACCUGGGUCCCCAGCACGCACGCACACACACAGCCUGGGAGGAGUGGAGCUGACAGCCUCUAAGAGCCAGAAGUCACAACCUGCGUUCAUGUGCAUCCAGAGGCCGAGGCACCUGCCCCAGUGAGCUAGAGCUGACACACCAAGACCAAAAGCCCAUGUGUUCUGACAUUUGCGUGCUCAGCACUUGCUAGUGAGGCUGAAAGUGUUUAUUUCCAUGUAAAAAAGACAUGCCAUUUCCAAGUGCUUUCUGUUGCUCACAGUUAGAGAUGGCCAGGUCCACAGAAGAGCCGUGUUUACAGAAGCAGUGGUGGGGGUGGUGGCUGUGACAAGCAAUCCUACGUGCAUCUCCUGGAGAGGCAGCUCUUUAAGGAUCCACCAAAGCCUCCAGGGGGGGUCUCCUCUCACCCUGAGCUUGGGUGUAGAGUUCAUGGGCCCAAACCAGCCAACUAAUAGCCGGGCCAUCCGGCAUUCAUGACAAAAGCAGUGUCAUGUCCAACCGCACUGCCCAAUGCCAAGAUUUCUCAGCUUACCUGCCUCCAAGUUAGCCGGCACCAUAGUCCUUACUCUGGGACUGGCAAGGAGGGGAUGGGGAAUCUGGCUGA